AUGCACCUGCUGACGUUGCCUAAAUUCAUUGUUAACACAAAUAUAAGCAAGGAUAAAGUCCCAGAGUCUUCUGCAGGGGAGCUCACCCAACAAUUAUCAAAAGCCUUACCAGCACAGUAUCUAGCAAUACAGAUCUCCCCUGAUCUGGUGAUGUCCUUUGGUGGCUCCACAGACCCUUGUGCUACAUGCUUUCUGUACAGCACUGGAAAGGUAGGGGAGCAGGAGAACAAGGUCUACUCCAAACUGCUUUGUGACUUGCUGAACAAAAAGCUGAAAAUACCAUCUGACAGAAUCUACAUCAGCUUCUUUGACAUCAGUCCUGGAAAUGUGGGCUGGAAUAACACCACCUUUGCUUGA